UCUGCUUUCUGACGCUGAGAGCUGAAAGUAUAUAAAGAAGCUCGGAGACUCUCCAGUCAGCUGACGCCGAGAGGAAGGAGAGAGCAGCUGCAACAUGCCUGUGAUCGGAGUGGGAAUACACCAGUCUGGGGGAACUGCAUCAGCAUCACCCACAGAGAGAAAACAUUACAGCUUGAGCUCCCAGCCAGCCAAUGGUUAUGAACAUCAGUCUGGCAAUGGGUUCAACCACCAGGACCACAAUUCCCAGAAUGCAGAUGGAUUGGAGACAAAUGCACUGCCCACUCCAAUUGCAAACCCCCAAAUUGUUUACACUAAGGUGUUCAUCGGUAAUGAAUGGCAUGAGUCAUGCAGUGGCAGAAAGAUUCCUGUGUAUAAUCCCACCACCGAGAAGCUGCUGUGUGAAGUGGACGAGGCCGACUCAGACGAUGUAGACAAGGCAGUGAGGAGUGCCAGAGCUGCUUUCCAGAUGGGAUCACCGUGGAGAUCCAUGGAUGCCUCAGACCGAGGCCAUUUACUUAACAGACUUGCCGACUUGGUGGAGCGAGACCGGCUCUUGCUAGCAACACUAGAAGCUCUAAACUGUGGCAAAGUUUUCCUCAUGGCAUAUUUUGUAGAUCUGAUGGCUACAAUCAAGACCUUGAGAUAUUACAGCGGCUGGGCAGACAAGAUUCACGGAAAAACCAUCCCCGUAGAUGGAGAAUAUUUUACCUACACACGGCAUGAGCCCAUUGGAGUAUGUGGUCAGAUCAUUCCUUGGAACUUCCCGCUGAUGAUGUUCGUGUGGAAGAUUGCUCCUGCUCUGUGCUGUGGGAACACUGUAGUCAUCAAGCCAGCUGAACAGACCCCUUUAUCAGCUCUGCAUAUGGCUGCACUCAUCAAAGAGGCUGGGUUUCCUCCAGGAGUGGUGAAUGUGUUGCCUGGUUAUGGUCAGACAGCAGGCUGUGCCAUUUCUCACCACAUGGAUAUAGACAAAGUAGCCUUUACCGGAUCUACUGCUGUUGGAAAACUCAUCCAGAAGGCUGCAGGUGAAAGCAACCUGAAGAGAGUCACACUGGAACUUGGUGGAAAAAAUCCCAAUAUUGUCUUUGCAGACUGUGACUUAGAGUAUGCAGUGGAGCAGGCACACAGUGGUCUGUUCUUCAAUCAGGGGCAGUGCUGUCUGGCAGGAUCCAGGGUGUUUGUAGAGGAACCAAUCUACGAGGAAUUUGUCCGCCGCAGUGUAGAGAAAGCCAGAUCCAAAGUCCUGGGAAACCCACUCUUGCCAGGCGUGGACCAGGGACCACAAAUCGACCAGAAGCAGUUUAAUAAGAUAAUGGAGCUAAUAGAAAGCGGGAAGAGAGAAGGUGCAACUCUGGAGUGCGGUGGCUCUCCGGGGGGUCAGCAGGGACUUUUCAUCCAACCCACCGUGUUCUCAAAUGUCAGAGACCAUAUGCGUAUCGCUAAAGAAGAGAUAUUUGGCCCGGUGCAGCAGAUUAUGUGUUUCCGCAGCAUCAAUGAAGUCAUCCAGAGAGCCAAUGCCACACAAUACGGGUUGGCAGCAGGAGUCUUCACUAAUGACAUCAACAAAGCCCUUACAGUCUCUUCUGCUCUGCAAGCCGGCAUGGUCUGGGUGAACUGCUACAAUGCCAUGAGUAUUCAGUGUCCCUUUGGUGGCUUCAAGAUGUCUGGGAAUGGGAGAGAACUGGGGGAAUAUGCACUGCAGGAGUACACUGAAAUCAAGGCAGUCACAAUCAGAAUAUCACAGAAGAGCUCAUGAUACUGCCAGACUACAUUUCUCCUGUUUAAACCAUCAGCCAGAGUCAGAUCAUUAGAUCAUGCUGCACCUGCAUGUUUUGUAGCCACUUUGUGAAUAUUUAUUCCAUUUUCUGCUCAGACUUUCUUUAUUUUUGUCAUAUACCCCCAGGGUUACAUGACUUUUAUCUAUGGUGGUCCUCCAGUGUACAGGCUUGUAAACAGAUUGUUCUUUGAAGUGUUGCCUCUCGUGUGUUUGAUAGUUUAGUUACACCAUAAAUGGCAAUUUUUCAUAAAUCGAACAUUUUAAUAGAUGUCAUGCAAAAAAUUAGAAGGUCACUUUAAAAACUAUGUACAGGGAUUUCCACAUGAAAUCAGUCGUUUGUAUAGAUAAGCAGUAAACUGUAGACUGAUUCCACUGUAGUAAACAGGAAAAAAAAGCCCAGUCCUUGGUAGAAGUUGCUGAGCCAUAGAGUUUGUUGACAUUUUUGCAGUUGUAAUACUACUGACACAGAUAACACACCAUUUCUGUAUCUUUUAACUGAGUCGCUGCAGUAACUACGACUUUUUCCAGUGUUAGGUAUGACCGAUGUCUCAUCUAGCAUGUUGAAAAUACUAAUUGAAUGCUUUUCAUUCAUAUAAUAAAAUUACAAUA